CGCGCAUCGUCUCUGCCGGGCGGAGGGUUCAUGACUGACGGCCGCAGAUUGGAGCGUUGGAAGCUGGCGGAGGGUCUCCAAACCGGAAACGCGUCACCGGACAGGUAUAGGGUGGAGGAGGCGGCAAAGGUAGACAACACCCGGAAGUGAAGAAAAGCUGCGCGCGAGAAAAGCUUCAGAAGAGAGAUUUUGCAGAGCCGGACAACAACAAGUGCAUUAUGGGUCUGUGUGACGGCCUCUCCCACUGUAAACUGGCCCUGGCCUUCGCGGUGAUGAUGGACCUCCUGGGAGGAGCUGCUCUGCUGGUGGGGGUCUUCGCCCCGCUGGAGAUCAGGGGGCGGGACUUUGGAGACCUGCUGGUCUACACAGGGGCCCUGCUCGUGGUGAUGUCUCUGGCCGGCUGGGUUCUGUGGUACAGCGGCAACAUCGACGGCCUGACCUCCAGGAAGGAGCUCGGGCACAUCGGCAGCGCCGUGGACCGGCUGGCCCGCAACCUCAGCCGCAAGAUCCGCACCUACAGGGGCCACCUGUGAGCUACCUGUGAGUCACCCACAGGGGCCACCUGUGGGCCCACGGACAGUCUGACCACAUUUCAGUAUUGAUAUGAAAUAUAAACAAGAGUCAAACUACGAGUCAGAAGCAUUUCAGUUACAGUCUGUGGUAUUAUUGUUUUAUUAUUGUUUUUAUAUGGUGUCUCUUGUUGGAGUUCAAUAAAUGCAUUUUUAUACACUAUCUGUUUUUAACCAUAUAAUUGGAUAGAUUUAUACAUUUUAAUGAGUUAACCUGUCAUGUAAAACAUUUAUAAUAUUUAUGUAAA